GGACUGUAGACAGGAAGAAAAGAAUGAAAGAGGAAGAGGGAAAGUUUUGUGUUGGUUGGUUUUCGUUUUCUGAUAAACUCAAGGAGCAAACAAAAACGCUCCCCUUGACACCUGGGCGCGCAAUUGAAAUCAUUCUUUUUAUGACGAUUCACACCUAGAUUCACACAGCACCCCACAUAAGUCUUUCUUUUCCUCUCUCUCUCUCCCCACACCUAUCUUUUUCCAUCCGUUGAUCUAUCUACCUAUCUUCGUUUUGGUCGAAGUGAUGGAGGGUCGUCACCAUAUCUCUGUUAGUAUUGAUACGGCUGGUGAUAGGUUCCCUCAAUGGAGUAUUCAAGAGACAAGAGACUUCUUGAUGAUUCGAGCCCAGCUCGAUCCAACUUUCAUGGAAACCAAACGCAACAAACCUCUUUGGGAAGUGAUCUCCACAAAGAUGAAGGAAAAGGGUUACAAUCGCAGCGCUGAACAGUGCAAGUGCAAGUGGAAAAACCUUGUUACCCGAUACAAGGGAUGUGAAACGAUGGAACCAGCAGGUAUUCGCCAACAGUUUCCAUUCUAUAAUGAGCUACAAGCGAUUUUUGCUGCGAGAAUGCAAAGAAUGCUAUGGGUUGAAGCUGAAAGCGGCGCGAAGGGGUUAAAGAAGAAAGGGGCACAGACACAGCUAUCUUCAGAUGAUGAGGAUGACGAAGACAGUGAUGGAGAGAAAGGAUUAGGAAGCAGUAAGAAGAAGAGGAAGAUUAAGGGCAAUAGUAGUAACCCUGGUAGUAGUAGUAGUUAUAUUAGUGGAAAUAUCAGUAGUUUGAGAGACAUGUUGGAGGAGUUCAUGACACAACAGAUGCAAAUGGAGAUGGAAUGGCUGAAAGGCUAUGAAGCAAGAGAAGAGGAGAGAAGAAUGAAGGAGAUGGAGUGGAGACAAACCAUGGAGGCCUUGGAAAAUGAGAGGGUAGUGAUGGAUAGGAGGUGGAGAGAGAAGGAAGAACAAAAAAGGAUCAGAGAAGAAGUCAGAGCUGAGAAGAGGGAUGCUCUUAUUACAGCCCUUUUAAACAAGCUUAGAAAUUAG